CACGUUAAAACUGGGUCACCUUGAUAGCAACACACACUGAUACUUGUAUAUGUAUAUAGCCGUAUGAGCUGUAUAAGCAACAGUUGAUUAAGAGGUCCAGGUCAUUUCGAACUUCAACUGCGUGUUAAAGAAAUCAAUGAGAAAUUGUCUUGGUACAAGAUAACCUCGAAGCGAUGGCUGCUUCCAACAGGAGCAAAGGAUUUUGGCAUAUACCAAUGUUGUUAGAGGCUGUCAUUUUGCUAGUCAUAAGUCAGGUGUUUUGCGCAGACAAUAGCAGUUUCAUAACUCAAGAAAGGCGGCUGUAUAAAGACCUGAUGAAAAACUACGUAAAAUCCAUCAGACCUGCCAGGAACGCAAGUGAUAACGUUACGGUUCGGUUUGGACUGUCCAUCCUCAACAUAGCCGAUGUGGAUUUAAAGACGCAUACACUUUCAUUAAACGUUUGGGCUGAUGAGGUAUGGAACGAGCCUCAGCUCUCUUGGGAUCCCAACCUUUAUGGUGGAGUGAAAUCUUUGCAAAUACCAGCCGCUGCAUUAUGGAAGCCGGACAUAACACUGUAUAACAAUUUCGGGGAUACAUACACUCAAGAAGCAAAUGCGGUCGUCCUGAAUACUGGAGUUGUGUACUACGUUCCUUAUAUGCGCCUUAAAUCCUACUGCUCAUAUGACCUGACCAGGUUUCCAUACGACACGCAAGAGUGCACGCUGCUGUUCGGAUCUUGGGUUUACGAUGAAUCAAUGCUUGACAUCCAACUGAAUGGGAACAGUUCUGAAAACUACGUGAGCCUUGCCUCAUUUCGAGAACACCAUGAAUGGAAUGUAACCAUGGCAAGCGGCCGACGUGACGUCAUCAAGUAUCCAUGCUGUGCACAUGGGUUCGCCCAUUUGACAUUCACAUUGACUAUGAAACGUUUAACUACGUACUAUACAUACGUGUAUGUUACACCAUGUAUGUUAUUGAACCUUCUCCUGCCAUUGAUGUUUCUAUUACCCCCAGAAACCAGACAGAAAACAACUUUAGGUAUCGGCAUUUUCAUAGGAUAUUCAAUCUUGUUGCUAAUGCUGGAGAUGACACUUCCAUCGGCCUUUUCGUAUGUACCAUUGAUAGCUAUGGUCUACGUCACUGGCAUGAUUUUAGUAACGAUAUCAUUGGGGAUUGGUGUUCUGACGACAUGUUGCUGGGAAUAUGCACCUAGGGCAAAGAGAGAAAUGCCCCCUCUUUUAAAAACGGUCUUUCUGGGUUGGCUUGCGCGAGUUUUGUGCGUCAAUAGAGAUUCAUACACCCCUCACCAACCAGAUGUCUCCACCAUACAGCAAAUGUCGCAACUCCAGAUGCACGAUCCGGUACAGGAACUGGAAAAUGGUGCCUUUGACGUCAAUGAUAGAUACAAUGUAUUGACAGUGCCUCGAGUUCAUGACGUAAUUAGUGCUGAUUGGAGGGCACUAGCAGUGACCGUAGAUCGCUUACUUUUUGUGGUGUUCUUGGUCGUGAAUUUGGUUCUUACAAUAGUGCUCUAGUGAAAUCUUUAUUGAUACACGGAAAAAAUUGUUAUGACUGAGCGUGGCGUCACCCCCAUGGCUUCGUAAGCAUUUGUCGUAAAAAUUUAGCGGAAAAGGACUCUCCAUGUUGACGAGUCGGAUGGGAAACGGUACGAAAACAAGCGAGGUCAAAAGCUCACUGAAUGCCAACCUUCUACCAGGGCCACAGGUUGAUUUUUUCACUCGAUAUUCACAGAUAUGUCUCUGCCUAAUUCUUUACAUUUUUAU